CAAACGAUUGGCCGAGGGCGUCUGGGCGGGCCCGCGGAGAUAGGCUGACUCGGCCUGGCGGCCAGCGCGAUAGGUUUUUGGGAAGGCGGAAGGUUUGAAUGGUCAAGGCCAGUAGCUGCUGGUAAUCUUGGGUAACGUCUGUCCUUCACGGAGAGAGAAACGAAGCCCGACGCCCGCCUACCCUGUCGAGAAGCAGAAGUGUAGUCUGAAGUCGGAGACCAUGUCUGCAGAGCUCUGUUCAUCCACAAGAAAGGAGGGAAAACCUGGCUCAGGACCCAGUUUUAGGUCUACUCAGAGGAAGAUAUUAAACCAGCUCCUGGAGAGAGAAACUUCCUUCACAAUGUGUCCAGAUCUCCCUAGAACUCCAGUGGACAAACUCUUUUGUGAUUCUGCAAACCUAAGCAUUUCGUCUGGGAUGUUACAGCCUAAUGGAAAUCUUGAUGUACUAUAUCUCAACAGAGGAACCCCCAAACGUUGCCUUGAUCUUUCGAAUCUUAGCAGUGGAGAGAUGUCUGCCACUCCGCUUACCACUUCUACAGACUUUGAUGAGACUGGUAGGGAGAAACGAGGUCACUUGGAUUCUUCAGGACCUCAGGAAAUACAGUUAGUUGGGAUGAACCAUUACCAGCACCUUAGAAAAUGCAGCUCAGCACAUCUGCUUUGUAGCACUCCAAAUGCUUUGGACCACGGCAACAGGAAGGAAGAUGCAACAUGUAACUCAUCCACAAAUAAAGAGAAUGAAAAUAACACUUUGAAGCCCUCGGAGUGGUGGGCAUCCAGGAACCUGAGGUUUGAAAAGAAACCAGGGAGGCCUUACAUGUCUCCUCUUUCUCUGCUGGACAAUGGAAACUUGGUGGAAAAUGAAAUGCAAUACUUGGGCAGCCCUGUAACUACAGUUCCAAAAUUGGAUAAAAAUCUGGAAUUAGGAGAAGACCAGGCAGAGGAGAUUUCAGAUGAACUGAUGGAGUUUUCUCUGGAAGAUCAAAAAGAGGCCAAGGCAUCUCUGAACAAAGGCAGCCUGUAUCGCUCCCCUUCGUUGCCAGAGAGUUUGAACAGGCCAAGACUGACGCAAGUGGUACAAUUCAAGGACAACCCAGUACCGGAUAAAGUGAAAAAGAAGUAUCGUUCAAGCCACAAAGAGCUCAGGAAAGGCUUAUAUCUAAGGAAAACCAUCUCUCUCAGUGAUAUUAAUAUCACUCAGAUGCUGGAGGAAGAUGCUAACCAGGGGCGUCUGAUUGGUGAUUUCUCCAAGGUGUGUGUGCUGCCAACCACAUCAGGGAGACACCAAGAUCUGAAGUACGUCAACCCAGAAACAGUGGCUGCCUUACUGGCAGGAAAGUUCCAGGAUCUGAUUGAGAAGUUUUACAUCAUCGAUUGCCGCUAUCCAUAUGAGUACCUGGGAGGACACAUUCAGGGAGCCUUGAACUUGUACAGCCAGGAAGAACUGUAUAACUUCUUUCUGAAGAAGCCCAUUGCCCCUUUGGACAUUCAGAAAAGAAUAAUCAUCAUGUUCUACUGUGAAUUCUCCUCCGAGAGGGGUCCCCGAAUGUGCCGCUCCCUGAGAGAAGAGGACAGGUCUCUGAACCAGUAUCCUGCCCUGUACUACCCAGAACUGUAUGUCCUUAAAGGGGGCUACAGAGACUUCUUUCCGGAAUAUUUGGAGUUGUGCGAACCCCAGAGCUACUGCCCUAUGCAUCACCAGGACCAUAAGGCGGAACUGCUGAGGUGUCGAAGCCAGAGCAAAGCUUGGGAAGGGGAGCGGCAGCUGCAGGAGCAGAUUGCCUUACUGGGGAAGGAUGUGAGCCCAUGGUGAUGUAUCAGCCACCAGGCUGCCUGGGAGGCGCCAGGAGACACCAGAAAGCCCGGGCAGAAAGAGACUGUCUUCUCUGCGGCUACGCCCAAGGUUGUCACAAGAUGUCAGCAACCAGCAGGCAGCCAAACUAAUGAAAUGCCUAAGGAUUAGUUGGGUUUCAGAAGAACUGCUGCCUGGGAGCUAAGUCCUGGAGUUGGCUCUCCAAGGCUGAAGCUUCAGGAAGUGGUUGCAUUCUCUUGCCAAUUACUUGUGUCAUCUCACAAGCCAGCCAGCAAUUUUUCUACCUGGGCUCUGGCUAUGCAAGCGUUGUCCACCUUCUUUCUCUGUAUUUUUCUUGUUUUCCCCUGUCUCUUUUUCUCAAAUGGGAAAAUAAACAUUGCAGAAUUAGAGAUGUGAUUGUGAGCCCAGUCUCCUCCUAGAAAAUCUGUGCAAGGAAGUGAUCACCAGAUUAGAGUCCUUCAGACAAAAGAUGUAACCAUCUCCAUUCAUAGCUGAGGCCAAGCUUCUCUAUAGACUAGUGGUUCUCAAAGUGUGGACCAUUAGUGUCAUCUAAACUUAUUUGAAAUGCAAAUUUUCAGGUCCUAACGCAGACCUCCUAAAUCAGAACAUCUGAGGUUAGGGCCCAGAAUUCUGGGUUUUAGAAUCUCCCUUUCAGGUGAUCAUGAUGCAUGCCAAGACUUGAAAACCACUGCUCUGGAAUUAAGGCAAACCUUUUAAACUGCAUUCUUCAGCAAUAUUCCAGGCUUUCCUUUCCUAGACCAUUCCAAAAUAAACAUUGCCCAAGAGUGUGACCCAAACUCAGUACUCCGGUAUCUAUGCUCAGAAAACCAAGAUGAUUGGCAUUCUAAAGCAGGCUCAAAAGGUUCCUUGUCUACAGCCUCAAUGGAGUUUUGACUUUGCAUUUCCCAAACUCUUUUCUUUUUCGCUUCACAUCUUAGAGAGACAAGUUUGGAAUUUAGGUUAGUUGGAAGUCAAGAUUUGUGCUAUAUGAAAAUAGGAAUAAAAGAAUAUAAAAAUACCAAGCAAGAUCAGUUAGACUUAAGGAAGACCUUUGAAACUGUAUUCUUCAGCAAUAUCCCCAGCUUUCCUUUCUUAGAGCUCUUUAAGGCAAGUAGGCUUCCAAAG